UUGGGGGGGAAGGGGGUGAGAAUGAGGAGGAGGAAGAGGAGGAGGAGGAGCUGGAGGACAGCAGGGAUGCGGGGGACGGAGGGGAUGGUGGAGCUGAGCCCCCCAGGACCCCCUCGAUGGAUGCCCAGAGCAGCGCCGAGCUGCCGGCCCUGGACGGUUUCCCCCUGAAACACUCCAACACUCUGACCAACAGGCAACGAGGCAACGAGGUCUCAGCCCUCCCAGCCACGCUGGACACACUGUCCAUCCACCAACUUGCUGCCCAGGGGGAGCUCAUCCAGCUGAAGGAGCACCUUCGGAAAGGUGAGAACUUGGUGAACAAACCCGACGAGAGAGGUUUCACCCCCCUCAUCUGGGCCGCCGCCUUCGGGGAGAUCGAGACGGUCCGGCACCUGCUGGAGUGGGGAGCUGAUCCCCACGCUCUGGCCAAGGAGAGGGAGAGUGCCCUGUCCCUGGCCAGCAUGGGGGGAUACACGGACAUUGUCACCCUGCUGCUGGAGAGGAACGUGGACAUCAACAUCUACGACUGGAACGGUGGCACCCCCCUGCUCUACGCCGUGCGCGGGAACCACGUCAAGUGUGUGGAGGCCCUGCUGGCUCACGGCGCUGACCUGACGGAGGAGGCGGAUUCUGGCUACACCCCCAUGGACCUGGCCGUGGCCCUGGGCCACAAGAAAGUCCAACAGGUCAUCGAGAACCACAUCCUGAAGCUGUUCCAGAACAAGGGGCUGGAGUGACACGGGGCUGGCAGCCCCAGUUCUGCUCUGGGACCAGGAAAAGGGCCACGGCACGAGGCUGCAGGCGAGGAGCACGUGGAGGAAUCCGGGAAUCCCCGCAGCUCUCCCAGGGGUGGCUCAGCCCCGGUGCCUCCCGCCCAGGGACGCUCAUUCCUCAGGGCAGCAGCGCCUCUGCCCCGUCCAGGCUCAGCUGCUCCAUGAAUUCCAGGGUGACAUUUUCGGAAUUAAACCCUAAAGCAGCCCUGUGGAGCCCUGUGCAUUGCCUUGGCCUGUCACAGCUCCUGUGCCCAAUCCCAGUUACUGGGGAAGCACGAGGGCAACUGGGCCAGCAGUUCUCUUCUCCCUCUGCCCCAACACCCCGGUAUCCUCCCCUAUAAACCUGCUGAGCCUCCCCUGCACCCAGCCAGGGAAGUAGGGCAGAGGAAGGAGGAAAAUCCUGCAGGAAGCAUCCAGGAAUGUGGGAAUGUGGCACAGCCCUGGCACGCUGCCAGCCCGGGCAGCAGCCGCGCCGAGGAGAUCAGGGGAGCCAGCAAAGGUGACAGACGGCCUGAGGGGACACUCUCCUCCCUCCUGCUC